UACAAGUCCCACGAAUAACCCAACACUAACUCAAAAUAUUUUCGCUAUGGUUUUUGUUUAAUAAUUUCGUGUGUGAAACGGUGAUGUUAUUGAUUAUUUAUUGCAUUUAAUGCACCGGCCAGUUGGGACACGUCGAAUUCCGCCGGAGGACUCUACGGAUUUCGAACACGGAGGCAGUGAAAAAGUUUUGUUUACCUUUUUUUCGAUAUCCCAGAGUUCUGCGAUUCCCGUGCCCGUGUGUGUGUGUGUGUGAGCUGAUGUGCAAAAAUGGAAAUGCAUUCUCAAUAAAAUAAAACAAAUAAAUGUGCCAAUUCGCAAAAGAAAAUUGUAUGCUAAAGCUGCGCACAUGGAAAAUGUGCCCGAUAUUUCCACCAGCGCUUCGUCUUCUUCUUGUAGUUCUACUUCCACACUAAAACUUCAAAGCCAAAUCAAUUCCAAAAAUGUCCUAAUCCGAUCGCAGAGCAGCGGCAAGCUAAGCAGCAAUGAAGCUAAAUCGGCGAAGACAACAGCAGCAACCAGUACAACGACGACUCUGCGAGCGGCCAAGCUCAAGAUCGGUGCCAUGCAACAGCAGAAGCAGCAGCACCAGCAGCAGCAGCAGCAACAACAGUCAACGAACGGCAGCAACAUUAUACUGCUGCGCGGUACACGCAACGAGAAUGGCCAGAUUAUCAUCCAGAACAAACAGGACAUACUUAGCCUGCUCAGCGAACAGCAGCAGCAGCAGGAGAAGAGCCACUCGUCCACGGCCAUCACGCUCAAUCAACUGCCCACAGCCACAACGGUGGCCAGAAAAACUAUUGUACAGAGCUCGAGUGCCAGCAGCAGCAGCAGCAGCAGCAACAGUAGCAGCAGCAGCAGCAACUCCACCAUUUCUAUUGUGGCCAGCGGCAACAACAAGGAGGCCAGCAGCAACACGAUCCUUCUGCAAACGCCCAUCAAUGCCAGUCAGUUGGAGAGCGUUUUAAAGGCCCAGGAGCGUUCCAAGCAGGCAAAUGCCACUCACACCAAGCUGGUGGAGCGUCCCUUUAUGCUGAAACAUGCCUCUCGCAGCCUCAGCUCUGAGAGCAACUGCGACACCAAGUCGCCCUUUGUUUUGCAAACGCUGAAGCGUCUGGAGAAGUCCCAAUCCAUACUGGUCAUACGCAACUCAUCGGCCACUUCCGCUGCAAGCAACACUUCCAUGGCCACUUCGCCGCCAAAUGGCAAUAGUAUUCUAAGUGUGACACGCACCUCGAAGGCGGCCAAGGGCGUGGCAGGAGCGCUGCACAAGCUCAAGGCAGCGGCAGCAACAACAGCCACCAACGGUGGAGCAAUAUCGGCCACAUCAUCGACGGCCACCACCAUACUGAGGCUGGGAAAAAGUGCCACCACUUUGGCCAUUAACGGAGGCAGCAAGCUAGAGGCAACGACAACCACAACGGCAACAACAGCAGCAGCAGCAGCAGCUCCAGCGACAACGACAACAUCAAAUAAAUUGUGCAACGCGGUGACAACCGAGCAGCAGCAGCAGCAGCAACAAUCGACAACAACGCAAACGAAUGUGCCACUUGGGAACGAUGGCGAACCCAUCAAGCUGCCCGACAAUUUGGAGAGCCUGCCAAGAGCCGACAGUUUUCCAUCACAGCGCCAUCGUUGGAAUACAAAUGAGGAAAUCGCUGCGAUUCUUAUCAGCUUUGAUAAGCACGGCGAGUGGCAGUCCAAAGAGGUCCGAACCAGACCCAAAAGCGGAUCGCUGUUGCUGUACUCAAGGAAGAAGGUUCGAUAUAGACGUGAUGGCUACUGCUGGAAGAAACGCAAAGAUGGCAAGACAACGCGCGAGGAUCACAUGAAACUUAAAGUACAAGGCACUGAGUGCAUCUAUGGUUGUUAUGUACACUCGGCCAUAUUGCCCACAUUUCAUCGCAGAUGUUACUGGCUGUUGCAGAAUCCGGACAUUGUUUUGGUGCACUAUCUAAAUGUCCCGUAUCCGGAUGAUAAUAAAAUGGCCGUGAUUGCGCCCAGUAUCACACUUUGGGGCGAUAAAAAGGAGUGGACCAAGGAGGAACUGGUCAGCCAGCUGAAACCCAUGCUCUCCACAGUUAAUUCGGAUGAUGACUCCGACUCGGGCAACGACAUAGAAAUAUCGACGGCGGAGACCGUAGAGUCGAUUGUUUGCCAGCUGAUGGAGAAGCAGCGACUGUCGCGCCAGGCUGCGUUGGUCAAGCAGCUGGACUGCGGAUGCGGAGAUGGAGGCUGUGCGGAUGGGAAGACCUGCACGCAUCCCGUGAUGCGGCGAUCGGCAGCCAUGCUGAAGUCCUCGGUGCAGGAGAAGCGGCUGGGCGAGCCCUUCAACGGCAACACGCCCAACGUGGUGGUGGCCAGCAAGCUCUACUCCCGCUGGGCGGAUCGGCCCAGGCAGCAUCUGGACAACCAUGGCCAGUUCCACAAUGUCACGCAGCAGUUGCCGCAGGAGUCGGCCAUCAAGUUCCAGAUCAUUCCGCCGCAGCAGCAGCAUCAGCAGGAUGGGAACUACCAGCAGCAGCAGCAGCAGCAGUAUCGAGGAGCCAGUCAAAUGCUGGCCGCAAGAAGCAAUCUGGUGAUGCAACAACAGCAGCAGCAGCAACACCAACAGCAGCAGCAGCAGCAGCAAUACCACCAGCAACAACAACAACAGCAACAGCAGCAGCAGCACUUGAGCCUGCAGCGAUUUGUUGCCAGUCAAAGCCAGAAUUCAUUGCAUCUCAAUCAGCAGCACAGACUGCAAAUAGCCAAUACAACGAUCACAGCCACAGCCAGAGAUCCUGCAACGACCUCAGCAGCAGCAGCAGCUGCAGCAGCGGCAGCGGCAGUCGUGGCCUCAAAUGUUAUGGACACCGAACUAAUUGAAAAUCAAAACCACAUGACCGCAAGCAAAAUCACAAACUCCAGCAGCAGCAGCAAUGCCAGCAAGCAAUUAGCAGCUCAAACAAACAACGAAUUAAAUGUCGUAAAUAAUAACGACCCCGGCAACAAUAACUUUAUGUACAAUCAACAGCAGCAACUCAAUGCUUCCAGCAACAGCAGCCAGCAGCAACAGCAGCAGCAGCAGCAACAUUAUUAUAAAUUGCAACAGACAACAGCAACGCCAAGCAGUGGUCAGCCGCCUCCUCUGGCGCAAGUGCCACCCCUUUUAGUGGCCCUGGCCCAACCCCCCGUGGAGGCCAUGUGCAUGUCACCCGAGCAUCGCAUCAGCAGCAGCAGCAGCAGCCAUCCCCCAACUGCAACGUCUUCCGCUGGCAAUGUCAACCCCUGCACACCCACACCCACAAUCACAUCCAGAUCCACACCCACAUCGGGCACUUCGUCCACUUCGAGUUCCUUACAAUCGAUUAUCGAUGGCAAUCAGCAGCAACAAAUUACAACGACGUCGACGGCAGCAACUUGUGAUAAUUUAAUGAGCGCCAAUGCGCUCUCUGAGCAGGACGGCAGCAACAAUCAGGCCACAGAAGCCCCCAAGCCCCUGAAUCAAAAUGGUUGUGCCACCUUCAGUGCUUCCAGUGAUAACAGCAGCCAAAUUAGUGACGAGAGCAGCAGCUUUGGCGGCAACAAUCAAAACAACAGCAGCAGCAACAGCUGCAGCAGCAGCGAGGAGGAGCCCCCGGCGGAAACACUUAGUUUCUUCAAUGAGACCCUCGAUUUGUCCCACGAGGAUAUUCAGCGCACUCUGAUUGCCAAUAUGCCGUACAAUGCGACAGCAGCAACCGCAGCAGCAGCUGCAUCUAGUGCAACGACGACUAGUGCAACAGGCGACAGCAAACCCAAAAACACUCAAAAGGAGGUGCAAAAGAAACCAGACCCCGAAACCGAGGUUGAGGAGGACGAAACGGACGAUGUGUUUGCCAAUCUGGAUGCCUUCGACAUGCUCGUGGAGUUUCCCGAACUUGAUCUGGAUGACAAGCAGGCCCUGAAUAACACCGCCCUGGAGCAGGGCUCCUAUUUGGGCGAGGCAACGCAGCCAUCGCAGCCGCGCAAGGUACACAACAUAUGCGACUUUAGUCCCGAGUGGUCGUACACGGAGGGAGGCGUCAAGGUUCUAGUGGCCGGACCCUGGACAAGCUCAAACGGCGGCGCCUACACGGUGCUCUUUGAUGCCCAGCCUGUGCCCACGCAACUGGUGCAGGAUGGAGUGCUGCGUUGCUAUUGCCCUGCCCACGAGGCCGGAUUUGUGACCCUGCAGGUGGCCUGCGGCGGCUUCCUCGUCUCAAACUCCGUGAUGUUCGAGUACAAGCUGUCGCUGCUGGCCGAUGCUCCCUUCGAUGCCAGCAGCUCCAACGAUUGCCUGUACAAGUUUACGCUGCUCAAUCGCCUGUCCACCAUCGAUGAGAAGUUGCAGGUGAAGACGGAGCAGGAGCUCACGACCGAUCACACUGCUCUGUAUCUGGAGCCCAAUUUUGAGGAGAAGCUGGUGGCCUAUUGCCACAAGCUGAUCAAGCACGCCUGGAGCAUGCCCAGCACUUGUGCCUCCUGGACAGUGGGAUUGCGUGGCAUGACCCUGCUCCAUUUGGCCGCCGCCCUGGGCUAUGCCAAACUGGUGGGCGCCAUGCUCAAUUGGCGCGCGGAGAAUCCACAUAUCAUACUCGAAACGGAACUGGAUGCCCUCAGCCAGGAUGUCUACGGCUUCACUCCGCUCGCCUGGGCCUGCGUGCGUGGCCAUGUGGAGUGCUCGCUGUUGCUCUACAAGUGGAACCACAACGCCCUGAAGAUCAAGACCCAGGCGCAACAGACGCCUCUCGACUUGGCCAACAUGCGGGGCCACAAACAUCUGCUAGCGCAGAUGUUUCGGCUGGAGAAGGAGCGCUGCCGGAAGCCACAACUGCGUGGUGGCCUGGCCAAUCUGUCCAUGAACAUGGGCGUGGAAGCGGAGACGGAGGCGGAGCAACACCAGAGCUUCAGUGGCUUCGACUUGGAGAUCCAGCGCAAGCAUGAUGGGGUGUUCCUGAGACCAGUUGCUGUGCAUAGCAAUCAGAGUCCACCGAACAACAGCAGUCGUUACUCCAAGCGAUCUUCCAUAGACAGUGGCAUUAACAUGGAUAUACGCAGCAAAUCCGGCAAACCGCUGGUUAGGCUUCAUAGUAACUUUGAGAGCCAUGACAACUAUGCUCUGGGCGUUGACUCGCCGCUGGACUCGCUUACUGGGACCAACUGUCUGCUGUCGCCGCUGCGGAAGAUGGACUUUGCCCUCUGCGAGGUAUCCACGGGCGAAUCGAGUCCCGUGCACGACAAAGACAUCGAUUGCGACGACAACUCGACGAGCGCGACCGACGUGACCAUUGGCAAUGACUUGGCCCUGCCCGAUGCCGUUGUAGGGGAUUCCGAUGCCAAAGUGCUGACACUAGCGGAGCACAUAAUAGCAGCCAUGCCCGAAAGGAUUAAGAAUGAAGCCGAUGAAAUGAUGGUGCUGGGCAGUCCCUUAACAGAACCAUUGACUUCCGAAUCCUCGGCGCUGACGGAUAGCUUUAUGGAUCCCCUGCUCGAUUCGCUGCCCAAUACACACUUCGACAGCGACUUUAGCUUUGACUUCCAUGACCAUGGCUAUCGCUAUCACGAUGUCAGCACACCCUGCUCCAGCCUGAGUCCAGCCAGUUCGGGACCGCUGCAGUCGCCUGCCAGCUAUUCCAUACUGGGAACAGAUCCCUCUGUCAGCUCACCCAGUCCGCCGCCAUCAACCAAGCAGUUGACGGAGUUCCUGCACGCCUCCAGCAUCUCGCAGUAUCCCUUCGAGGCGGACUUCUCCAAGCUCACCCUCACGGACACGGAGCAAAGGGAGCUGUACGAGGCGGCCAAGUGCAUUCAGAAGGCCUACCGCUCGUACAAGGGCCGCCAGAAGCUCGAGGAGCAGAACAAGGAACGCAGUGCCGCUACUGUCAUUCAGAACUACUACAGGCGGUACAAGCAGUAUGCCUACUACAGGCAGAUGACCAACGCCGCCUUGGUCAUCCAGCAUGGCUAUCGCUCCUAUCGUCGCAACAAGCGAUUCAAGAAGAGCGGCCUAGGCCUGGGCAGCGCCAGUGAUCACGGCAGUGUGAGCAGCAACUCGCAGUGCCUGUCCAGCUUCUAUGAUCACUACAAGCAGGAUCAGCAGCAGCUGCACGAGCUGGGCUCACAGCCUAGCACGCCCAAGGAAACGAGUCCUUCGGGUCCCUUGAAGCGAACCUACUCACAGUCCACCCAGAAUCAAGCUGCCAGAAAAAUCCAACAGUUUAUGAGACAAUCACGCAUCAACAUUUGGGAUGGCAAUGUGACGACUUUGACUACAGAAAGAGCGAGCCGAAAAAGAGAAGCUGGUGCACCAACGCAGGGCGGAAUACCUUCAAAACUUGCAGUUUCAAGGGCAGCAGGAAAUGUUGGUGUGCCACGAAAAUAACAUUUCUGCUCGGAGCAGUGGCAACACCAGUGCGAGCAGAAACAACAACAACAAUCUACACCAAAUACAAUCCAAUCAGUGAGGGUCAACUGAGUGAAUUUUUAACAUAGGAACAUGGCUGCACUGUUCCAUAAGAAUUUAUGAAUAGCUUUAACAACCGAGUGAAACUUUCUACUUUCGUAAUUGUUCCGAUUUGGAAAAACAAUCCCGAGCACCUCUGUAGUGGAACUUUGUUUCAAAAACUCUCUCUAAAACAGACAACAACACACACUCUGAAUUAGUAGCAACUACCUGCACUACUUUGAUUCAUUUGCCUAACGAAUUUUAAGGAACACAAAGAUAGCAACACACACAUUGUUUUCGAAGUGAACGUAGCUUAGGUUAGUGGUCUUUUUAGGUAUUACUUAAACCUAAUCUUAACCGAAGAUCGGACUCCAGGGAGAUGAUGAGAACACAAUUUUUCCAUUUGUCAACUCGAAAGAACUUAUUACUGAAGCCUUUGAAAAACUUUUUAACUCCAAUUGUAGUAAAAAAUGUAGCCUGCAAUAUAUACAUAUUAUAUAUAUAUACAAUUUAAACCAAUAUUAUGCAUGUGUAUGCCUCUAAAUAGUUACAUUUGUAUAUAGAUAUUGCCUAACUAACUAAAUUCUAGUCUAUUUUAACGUACUACCAAGCUCUGCGAUGCGACUAAGCUUGUCUCUAAAGCAAAAUCUAAAAAGAAAAACAAAAAAAAAAAAACAAAAACUUAAAGCAUUAAUCCUCGAUCCUAACUAGUUGCUAACUGCUCUUUAGUUUUAAGCAUAAGACUCUACUGAAAGUCCAAAAGUUGUUGUUGAUUUCUAAAAUCAGAUUCGUAAGUAGUGCGCAGCAGCUACCAAUCUAUCAUGUUUCAAAGAAAACCAACCCUAUUCUAAUUUCUAAUACGCAAGUACUUACUACUACCACAAUGUGUAAUAAGUCUCAACUUAUCUGACUACCUAGACUAAGCUUAGCUAAUGAUAGAUGAAAUCAAAAAGUGGAUGAGAUACUGAGCCCCAAAAAUUACAACCAAAUCUGAGGGCAGUCAGCCAGAUAUAUGUAAUUUCCGACCUUCUGCUGCUGCUUCCCCCAACUGAUUGAUGGCGCCAGUCGAUCUUAACUGCUUGAAGACACAGCCAAGAAACCAAAACAUGCAAGAGAGAAAAGUUUUUUAACUAAAUGUAACAAUAAAUGAAUUUUUGUAAAUUAUUUUUGUCCGUCCACAUUGUUAGCUUUCAUAACAUACAACAAGAACAUAUAUACUUACAAAUAUACAAUAUAUAUAUAUAUAUAUAAUAUAGAAAGAGCCGAUACUGAUACGAUAACGCAAGAACAACAAUUUUGAAAGCAUCGUUCAAGUUCGAAUUAAUAAACACAGGCGGCGGUUGGACGAUGAAUGUACAUACACCAGCUCGAAUCCGUGUGUACAGCACAUUGGAACAGAGACACUUACCUCUAGCAGUCCCAAAAAACCACAAAGUAAAUAACAAAAACUCACAAAAACCCAAGUGCAAAGAAAGCAACUUCAAGUGCGAAAUGUGCAAAUGGGCUGUAACUUGACUUCUAGCCGACGAUUAUUUGUCACAACCAGAAGUGCAGUUGUUGAGGGUGGGUGGAAUUUAGGAUCUAUCACAUUGUUAACUAUUUAACUACGAACUAUUAUACUUAAUUCGCACUAUUAUAUUACUCUACGAAACUUUGAUUGCAUUUUGCUCUAACUUAACUAUGUAUAAAUCUGAUAAACUGAUUCGAAAUGAAGACUAAAUACGAUUUCACUACUCAACUGACUUAAGAAUUGCAAUCAAUUUUGUUAACUGUUUAGGCAGGGUGUUAGACAUUUACCAGCUGAAUACUAAAUGCAAUUAAUUGCAAUAUUUGCACAUACUACACACACAUACUAUACACACACAAAACACACUCUGGCUCACAAAAAAAAAAUAAUAAAAAAUAAUAAAAAAAUAAAUACACAUACACAUACACACAAUUUAUAAACCUCAAAGUAGCAACCUGAGUGUGUUUUAAUGGAAGAAAGUCUUUUUAGAUAGAGGGAGGCCAAAAGGCAAAGAAAACUUAAGUACCUUAAGCCAAUUGGCACUAAAACUAAACUUAAAUCUAACAAACAAUUAUAAAUACCUUAUUAACAGACCAUGUAUCUAUAUAUCGAAGUGGCGGUAGGGCAACUCCCGGGCCUAGUUUUGUUUGAAUUUAUUUUUCUUCAAUUGAACUUAAUCUAAUGCAACACCAAAAUUGUUGAUAUCUAACGAAACUUAUACAAUACGAAAAACUACUAUAGCUAAUGUAAUUGGAUAAUCGGAUAUUUGGUACUCACAUAUCUGUUAGAUAAUUUUAUACCUAUCUUCGUCCUAAUAGAACUUCUAAGUGCGGCGCAUGUACGAAGCAAGCAUUCUUCUUCAACUUCAACUAGCUAACUAACCACCAAAGCAUCCAACUUUGUCCCAAGAACUCCAAAAUUCAUCCAAUUGAACUGUUUGUUUCCGACUUUCAGCUUAAUAGACCAGCAAAUAGGAACGGAUAUGAAACUGUUAACAAAACUUUUAAGCGAAAUAUACCUAGCGUGUAAUCUUUUUAAAUAUUAUACCUUACUUGUAUGGGAUACUUAGCAUGAACUAUACACAUAUAUUCGCAAAACUAAAGAAUGUUUAACAAAUCAACGUAUUAUAUAUGUACAGACACAGACACAGAUACACCCCAAACUAAAAAAAAACACAAACAAAAUAUAGAGUUAUACAUAUAUUGUAAAACGACUUUCCAGUUUCUGUAAAAUUGUAAUUACAUCCAAUAAAGUUUAAUUCAACACUUUAA